GCAUAAAUACUUUUUCAAUAUAAACAUUCAUGAAUUCAGCUGAUUUUGUCACGUCAGUACACAUUCAAGGUCAGAAAAUUCACAUUCAUUUUAAUUUUUUUUUAAUCAUCAUCAUAUAAUCAAUCAACAUUAGAAUCAAUUUAUAACAUGUCAUGUUAAGUACGAAUCUGAAUUUUAUCUUCGACCAUUAGAUCACCUCUUGUAUAAUUACUAUGACUCAUUUUAGUGUUAAUAUUUUAAUCCCUCUUGGUAUGUAAGAAAAUAUCGCCAUCCCAUGUGCUGAUCGCCGGCUAUUAAUAUCCCAUCUCAGACGUUUGCCCUCUCUCUGUUUUCCUUCUAUCCAAAAUUAGCACUCUUUUCUUCUAUCCAAAAUCUCUCAACCUUGAACCAGGAACCAGCCCACAUCAUGUCAAUCGCUCUACAGAGAAACGGCGGUGGCGGCAAUAAUAUGAACCAACGGCCGAGGUUCAUCCAUGGGACGCCUUGCAUCCCCAUCUACAACUCGUCCGAAGGGUUUGCUCAAGAUCGUCGUCUUGACCAGGAGGACUCUUGUAGCAGCUCGUCGUCUUCAGUUGGAAUGAACAGCGACUCGUCUGAUGGGUCGUCGGAGGGGGAGGAAUCCGGUGAGACUGAGGUGCAGAGCUCGUUUAAAGGACCGUUGGACACCAUGGACCAGCUCGAGGAGGUUUUGCCGGUCAAGAGAGGUAUAUCCAAGUUUUAUAGUGGUAAAUCAAAGUCCUUCACAAGCCUAGCAGAUGUCUCGUCUGUUUCUUCUGUCAAGGAACUUGCAAAGCCAAAAAAUCGUUAUACCAAGAAGCGCAAGAAUUUAUUAGCCCAGAAUUAUUUUCAGGAUAAAAACUGCAAUGACUCUAUGACGAAUAAUGGUGUUGUGAUAUCAAAGAGGCCAGCUGCUAACCCUAGUCGAGGAUCGUUUAUUAUUGGGGAGACUUGGAGCAGCUCUCCUAGCUAUAGCAACGGGGAGGGAUCCAACUCCAUUUCACCAUCACCUUCUUCCUGUCUUCCACCUCUGCCUCCACACGGUAGACAAUCACCUGAUAAUGAUCCAUCACCACCUCUUCCACGACGGAGUUCUCCUUGGCGAUCAUUCUCUCUUUCUGAUCUGCAGUGCAUUGCUGCAGCAACACCGGACAUAACUGGCGUGUGAGUUUGAAGCGGGGACGACAACAAUCUACAUUGACAUUUUAGCUUUCCAUCCCUUUUGCACGAUUCUGGAAGAAUGUUGGUUGUGUUUAAGUUUGGUCUCAUGGGGUUUUCCACUGUGGUUGGGCAUCUUGAAGAUCGAAUCAGAUUUAAAGUAUUCGCUACGUAUAGGAUUUAGUUGUUAAGUGAUGGCAAUAAUGUGUCAUUUUGUAUCAUACAAGCAUCAAUUUUAUGUUUCUGUUUCCGAAUUUGGGAAUGUUUUCCAUCUUUUAUAGACAAACAAAUUUAUUGACAAAGUUGGGUUUUCUUUUCCUUA